UUUACUUCAUGGUUUGUUUUAAUUAAUUCUGUCUUUUUUAAAAUUAAAAUUAAAGCUGUUUAGUAGUAAUUUGCGUAGUUUUCAUGUUAAUGAUCUGUAAACCUGUGCAGUGAUUUAUCUUUGAUAAAUAUGCCAAUUGUAACGUGCGAGAUAUGUGGACUGAGAACAAGUCGGGUGGAUAACAAAAAACGAACAUUUAUGGCUCAAUUUCCACUGGAUGAAGAUCGGUGCAAACAAUGGGUAAAAAUAACAGGUAAAGAAGACUUGGCCUAUGUGCCUAUAGAAAAAUUGCACCAAUUGAAACAUAUUUGUGGAAAGCAUUUUCGACCUAAGGAUUUUAAAAAGAAAAGGACACAACUUAGAAGAAAUGCUGUUCCAUGUAUCGAAAUUACGGCUGAGCCCCUGAGCGAUGAAAUAUUGAGUGAUUUCCCACUCCAUUUACCUAAAAAAGCUGUAGAAGACCAACACCUACAGUUUGAUGCCACCAAUCCUUCAAUACCGCAAUGUUCAAAAGACUUUUUUGCAUGCAUAGUACAAGAACACAAUUAUUGUAAGCAUAAUGAUACAGAACGAACCCUGCCGUCUCCAUCAGUCAUUAUGGGAAGAAAAGGUCCUGCAGCCUAAAACCUUCAACAUCGAUUCAAAACUACCUAUUACCUGUCCAGGAAACUGCAUCAGAUUAUUUAAAAAGGAAAAGAUCGUGCAGCCCCAAACCUUCAACAUCGACUCAAAAACAUGUA